GUGAUUUAGGUUAACCUUAACAUGAUCGAAAAUAUAAGGACGAAAUUAUAUCUAAUUAAAUCCAUAAAAUCAUUUUUGAAUUGUGUAGUGUCAACUCCCUUAUAAACUAGGGUACCUUCUAUUCUUUUUCCUUCAUACAGUGAGUACUCCGACAGGAAAAAAAGUGAGGGAAAUUAUAAGAUUAAGAUCGAGAGAUGGAUAGGACAGCUACAAUUCCAGUUAUUGAAUUUUCAGGUGAAGACAUCAAAAAUGGCAGAUCAUCAUCAUCACCAGAUCAGAGGUGGAAAGCAUUAUGCAGCAAAGUAAGAGAGGCAUGCGAGAGCCACGGUUGUUUCCUACUAAUGCGCUACGACAAGAUCCCAACCAGCUUAUGCGAAGACAUGUUGGUAGGGAUCAAGUCAUUGUUCGACCUCCCCGAGGAAACCAAGACCAAGUACCAGAACCCUAAGCCUUACCGCAGUUACCAAGGCAAAUGCCCCGUGGUUCCUUUACACGAGAGCUUCGGCAUCGACGACGCCACUCGUCUCGAAGCCGCUCGAGACUUCACUCACCUCAUGUGGCCUCAAGGAAACCCUGCCUUUUGUGAGAUACUCAAUAUGAUGAGUUCAAAGAUGCUAGAGCUAAGUUUUAUGAUCCUUGAAAUGAUAUUCGAGAGUUUUGAUAUCGAAGAAAAGAAGUAUGAAGCUCUGGUGAGAGAUAGUGUAAGCUUUUUGAGGGUGAUGAAGUAUAAAGUACCGACAAGUGAGGACCAAAAUUUAGGGUUGGUGGCUCACACAGACAAGAAUGCUAUCACUAUUCUAUGCCAAAAUGAAGUGCAAGGGCUUGAGAUUGUCACUAAAGAAGGACAUUGGGAACAAGUGGUGGUUCCCAAAGAUGCUUUGGUUGUCAUUGUUGGUGAUGCACUUAAGGCAUGGAGCAAUGGAAGACUUGUAGCAGUGAAACAUAGGGUGGUGAUGAAGGGGGAGAAAGAGAGGUACUCUUUCGGGCUGUUUACAGUGCCAAAAGAAGGAGCAAUGAUAGAGGCGGCGCGUGAACUUGUCGACAAUGAACAUCCGCUCCUUUACCGCCCUUUCAAAUUCGCCGACUAUUUCUCCUACUUUGUCUCCAAUCUAAGCGACGAUGCCCUUGAGAUUUAUGCCGGCGUUUGACUCACUCUCAUUUUCUUCUCUUUGUUUUUUUAAUUAAUUUUUUGUAAACUAGUUUUAUUAUAUAUGCUGUUUUUUCUUUUUAUAUAAAAACAAAGUUAAGAAUA